CGCUUUUUGUCUCAUCUCCUUCACCUUCGAACUUCUUCUUCUUCUCUCUCUCUCUCAAAUCUUUUCAGGCGUAACGAAUCGAAUCAUAAACACUUAAGCAUAACUAAAACUUCCGAUCUAUAAACCGACCAAUAGAUUCGUGGGUUCUUCUUUAUUUAGACAGAUUCUGAUCCGUUAUAGUUGUUUCAAACGAAACGGUGAAAAUCUUUGUUUUUGUUUUAUAAUAUACUAUCAAACUCGUUUCUUCUCCCUCUUUCUUUUAUCUGAGAAAUUAGGGUUCCUUCUUCUUUCUUCUUCAAGACUCUGUAAAAUUUAGCUAAAAUGGGCGUUGAAAAAAUGGUGUGUUUGGUUUCUCGCACUGGUCGUCAGUUUCAGAGAUACAACAAAGGUCGUCGUCAAGUCGUCGGAUGUAUUCCGUACAGAUUCAAGCUUUCAAGCGAUGGCAAGAUUAGUGACGAAUUAGAAGUUCUUGUUAUCUCUUCUCAAAAAGGUCACGCCAUGAUGUUCCCAAAGGGUGGUUGGGAGCUUGAUGAAUCCGUAGAAGAAGCUGCUUCAAGAGAAUCUCUUGAAGAAGCUGGAGUUCUUGGCAACAUCGGGCAUCAACUUGGACAAUGGGAUUUUUUGAGCAAAAGCAGAGGAACAUACUAUGAGGGACUAAUGUUCCCUAUGCUUGUUACAGAACAACUUGAGCUUUGGCCUGAACAACAUGCUAGGCAAAGAGUCUGGAUGAACGUAGAGAACGCAAGAGAAGCUUGUAGAGAUUGGUGGAUGAAAGAAGCAUUAGAUGUUUUGAUUGAGAGACUCUCAUCACCAAUGAAUCAACCAAAGGAAGAGAAGACUACUAUUUCAAUCUCUAUUGAAACAAUGUGCUGAUGAUUGCUAAACCAGCUGAUUGUGAUGGGAGUUUAUGAACUAAUGUAUCUCUGUAGAUAUAAAUAGAUGGGUUUUCAACUAGUAUUGAGACAGCGAUAAAAAAUCGAUUUGAGAAGCAGAGGCAGAGCAAGGAAAGAAAGAUGGGUAGAUUUUGUUAGGUUUAAUUUCGAGCAAAGAAAAAACAUCAUGUGAUUUAAGGAGUCUUGUGUUUGUGUUUAUAAUGUUUCUGCAAGAUUUGCUUAAGGGAUGGUGAAGAGUUUAGAAGAUAAACAAAGAGUGCAAGCAAAAAGCUGUACAAUUGUGUUUCCCUCUGUUUAUGUUUUUCAUCUCUCUUUGAAUUUGCAAUGGAGACAUUUGAUUUA